ACUGCUGCGCACCAGGAACUGGCAGCUCAUCUGGUAGAACACCUGUAUGCUGAUGGGAUGGGCCAGCCAAGCAAGUGGUGGAUGGCAUUCCAGAAAAGAAGGUUUGUGAACUGCUGCCUGCCAGGAACUGACAACUCGUUUGGUAGAACACCUGUAUGCUGA